GAGAGAUGUAACUGAGUUGUUUCCUGGAGGGGUGUGUGAUUCUGUCUUCACCUUUGCUCUGAAUUUUUAUAUUCUCGGUGGAAACGAAGUCAGUCCGGAUGUUUAUGACUCUUGGGAACUUCUUCUGCAUCUGGAAUAUUUCAGCAAUUACAACAGAAGGACACGAUUCUGAAUUCUUGAAGCAGGAUUGACUGAAGGUAGAAUUCGCAGCGCAAAAUGUGCGAAAAUAGCGGCAACCUCUUUGGAAAAGACGUUCUUCAGACAGAACAGACAGAAAACACAGAUGGAAACUUUGAUCAGGUUGAAAUCUCCGAAUGCAGAGACACGAACACUGUAUAUAACACUCGUUUAUACCGGAGGCGAUGGCUCAUUUUGCUGCUCUUUAGCUCGUAUUCGCUGUGCAACGCGUUCCAGUGGAUCCAGUAUGGAAUCAUCAACAACAUCUUCAUGAAAUUCUACAACGUCUCUUCAUUCGCCAUCGACUGGCUGUCAAUGAUCUAUAUGCUGACUUACAUCCCCUUCAUCUUCCCAGUGACAUGGCUGUUGGAGAGGAAGGGGCUGCGGGUGAUCGCUCUGUUCGCAGCUUCGAUCAACUGCGUCGGAACGUGGAUCAAAGUGGCCAGCGUUCAGCCGAACCUGUUCUGGGUCACGAUGCUCGGACAGUUCGCCUGUUCCUUUGCGCAGGUGUUCAUUUUGGGAAUGCCGUCUCAGGUGGCAUCCGUGUGGUUCGGAUCUGAUGAGGUGUCCACCGCCUGCGCCAUCGGCGUGUUUGGAAACCAGCUUGGCAUUGCUAUUGGUUUCUUGAUCCCGCCGAUACUUGUGCCCAACGUGGAUGACAUGAAUGAACUGGCUGAACACAUCAGCAUCAUGUUUUACAUCACAGCCGCUGUGGCCAGCCUCAUCUUUCUGCUGGUAGUGUUUGUUUUUCAGGAAAAGCCUGAAAUCCCUCCUUCUAUGGCUCAGGUGGUGCUUGGAGACAUGCCCGCCACACAGUACUCAUACCUGGCUUCAGUUGUAAGACUUUUCCGCAACAAGCCCUUCAUCCUCCUCCUCAUUAGCUACGGACUGAAUGUGGGAUGUUUCUAUGCUGUUUCCACUCUGUUAAACAGGAUGAUAAUAGAGCAUUACCCUGGUGAAGAGGUGAAUGCUGGGAGAAUUGGCUUGACUCUCGUCAUUGCUGGCGUGGUCGGCUCUCUGCUCUGUGGGAUCUGGCUAGACAAGACCAAGACUUAUAAGCAGACAACGCUCUCAGUGUAUCUGCUGUCGUUUGUGGGGAUGGUGAUCUAUGCUUUCACCCUGAACUUGGGUCAACUGUGGGUUGUGUUCCUCACAUCAGGAGCACUCGGGUUCUUCAUGACGGGUUAUCUGCCACUCGGCUUUGAGUUUGCAGUGGAGCUCACAUACCCAGAGUCAGAGGGAACAUCUUCAGGACUGCUCAACUGCUCAGCUCAGAUGUUUGGAAUUGCAUUCACCAUCAUUCAAGGCAAAAUCAUCGAUCACUUCAGCACACUGGCUGGAAACAUCUUCCUCUGUGUGUUCCUCUUCAUCGGCUCCAUCAUGACAGCACUUAUACAAUCUGACCUGCGGCGACAGAAGGCCAACAGUCAACCUCAGACAAAGGUGAUCGCUGACUUACCCGUACAUCCUCAAGAUGGAAAUUCAUUAAAAGAGAUGAGGAUGUAAAGAUGGAAACCACUGGAAUCACACUCUCGAAGAGCAUCACAACUCCAUGUGAACCAUCUUUACACAGACCAUAUCUGAACAAUAACAGCUCACUUUACAAACCUGAUUCCAAAAAAGUUGGGACACUGUACAAAUUGUGAAUAAAAACAGAAUUCAAUGAUGUGGAAAUUUCAAAUUUCAAUAUUUUAUUCAGAAUACAACAUAGAUGACAUAUCAAAUGUUUAAACUGAGAAAAUGUAUCAUUUUAAGGGAAAAAUAAGUUGGUUUUAAACUUCACAGCCUCAACACAUCUCAAAAAAAGUUGGGACGAGGCCAU